GGGCAGAGGCCGGUGGACUGAGUUUGUUUUCUCAGUCUGGUGUCGACUCUUUACCUCAAACACACCCAAUAUUACCGCGGCCCACCACGAGCCUGCGUACGUAUAGCACGUAAAGAAAAAAUUUAAUAAGAAAAAGGCACAAAGCACCCUGCAUAUUAAAUAAGGGCACAGUGCACGCGAUCACGCGGUUGGCGUUUCACGUUUUCACUUCCGCACUUUUAACUCUAUUUACAUCUUGCACUGCACAUCCUCAAAAUCAAAACUCUGACGAGAAAAGACACCUUACAAGAUGUGCACAUUGCUACCUAUGGUGAGAAGUACAAUAUUACUGCUAGUUGUCUCGGGUACAGUUACUUCGUACCCUAGAGGAGGUAAAGACUUCCGUGGGGGUGAUUCAACCGGAAGUAAAGAGGCUAAUGGGGAGCCUACCUGCGAAGAGUUGAAAGCAAUGUGGCGAUUUUCUAAAAGACAAUCUAGAGCGGCGGAAAUUACAAAUGAAAUUCCCACGUAUAGGGAUCCGUUCUCAUAUAACGUUUGGGAACCGUAUUACGCUCGAUCGAGAAGCGGUGGUGGAAUGCGCAUUGGGAAUCGUUACAAGACGAAACCUCCAGUAUACGGUCGGGUGAUUCACAAAGCUCCUUUGCUUCGUUUACAAGAUCUUCCGGAUAAGGGUCGUGUUUAUGACAUGCUUUUCGGAGAUUCUCGUCCCGUAGAAGAGCCCCGCAGGAGGUUUCCUUUCAGGGUAGUAGGCGGUGGUACAUCAUCAGGAUGGCCACCACAAUCCGGUAGUUUUCAACAAUUAAAGGAGUUAAUUAGAACUGAACGAGCUAAAGAACUUCAAGAACAAAGACUCGCCGAAGAAGCGGCUGCCAGAGCGGCCGCUAUGAAGGAAUUAGCCGAGUCUACGCAACGAGGGCAAUCAAAUCUCAGAGAUAUGUCGUACGCUUAUAUGGAUAUGGACGGUAGAAAUAUGCGGGAAGAAGAUUCAUUGGUUAGAGGCGGAUUAUUAUCGUUCCCUGACAUUUUAGCACCAGCUGCACGAACUGACGUUGACGAUCAACACUAUGUUCAAGAUCACGGUUAUUUCAAGGAUAAAGCUAAAGCGCAUACUUCUUCUCUUUUCGACACCACUUCGUACAAUACCGACUUUGACGGGCUUUUAUUUUAAUUGUGUCCACCAUGGAUGACUUGCAGAACCCAAACGCAAACUAAGAAAUAAUAAAAACUGACUAAAACCAUGAAGUAUAUCCCGAUUGGUUUAAUCACUUUACUGUAAUAGCGGAAUAAGUGUCGUAAAUGAUAAGUUUACUACCAGGUUGAGUCUAGAAGGAUACUCGGCCGGCUCUCGUCAACGAUGGAUGUCAUUUUCUGAUCUAGCUUUGCAUUCAAACCAAAAAAAAUCGCUCAAGUAUUUAUGAGAGGCUGGAUAAAUACAGAGUGUCCGUAAUAUAUUUUAUUUAUUUUCCAAUUUUUUCCGCUACACCUUAUAAUUUACAUUAAGAUGAGUCGAUACGAUUGAUACAUAUGUUUGUUGCUUAAAGCGUUUCAUUUUUCGCAAAGAACAAAAAAGAACGAACAAUCAGGAACAUAUCUUUAUUAAAAAAGAUGAAUAUUUUUGGAAUAAGGAUUUCAAAAUGGCAGCCACGGCAAAUUCCUCCCGAAUCAUUUCCAUUAAUAAAAAGUAAAGAGAGUCUUCCCUAUUUUUGUAGGAUUACUAUAGUGCGAUACUUAAAACUUAAUAACUAUUAAAGCUAUCAAAAAAAAAAUUCAAUCAAAGUAGAGCUUAGAGAACCGCAAAAUAUAAUAAAAUAUAUAUAAAACAAUAAAACGCGUGUCGCAAAAUUUAAAAAAAUAAUUUUAAGUUGAAAAAAAAUUACAAAAUAUCAAGAAUGAUAUCAACCAAAAUAUCACAAAUAAUUACAUAUCAAGCGAUGAGCGCAUAAAAGACUAUGAAAUGUGAAUAUAAAAGUUAUUUUUCGUUAAAAUUUUGUGACCGCGUUUUAAUUAAAUUCGAUACUGUAAAAAAUAAAGUUAUCGUUCGAUCAAUUCUCGAACGUUCAUACGCUGUCUUCCAAAAGAAAAAAA